AUGGGUGAGCUUGAACCUUGGAUGGAUGAGAACUACAUAAGGACUGUUUGGUAUCAGUUGGGUGAAAAUGUCAACGUUAAAUUCAUUAGGGAUAAAUUCACUGGUGCAAACGCGGGUUACUGCUUUGUGGAUUUCGUGAGUAACGCGGCAGCGGUUAAGGCUUUGAGCACAGUGAAUGGUACCCCAAUUCACGGCACCAAUCGUGUAUUUAAACUCAAUUGGGCUUCGGGAGGUGGGUUGACAGAUAGGAACAGAGAUGACCGUGGUCCAGAAUUUUCUAUUUUUGUUGGAGAUUUAGGGCCCGAAGUGACCGAAUGGAUGUUGGUGUCAGUUUUCCAGCAAAGAUAUCCCUCUUGUAAAUCCGCAAAAAUUAUGACUGAUCCAAUGACUGGAAUGUCCCGUGGAUACGGCUUUGUUCGUUUUGGCGAUGAAGCUGAACAACAACGUGCACUCAUGGAAAUGCAGGGUUCCUUUUGUGGAAAUCGGCCAAUGCGAAUUUCUACCGCCACACCAAAGAACAAGAGUGGCUUGCAGGGUAACUUUUACCAACAGCCGUCUCAGCAAAAUCCUGUCUUAAAUCAAUAUAAUGAUCCUAAUAAUACCACGGUAUUCGUUGGGGGAUUGUCGGGUGUCAAUAGUGAAGAAGAGCUCCGAAGCCCGCAGCCACCGAGCCCUUAUAACCAAUUAGGUGGGAUGACACCAACCGCUACUUACGGUGCUUAUGUACAAGCUACUCCGGUAGUUAGUGCUGCUGUAACUCCGACCCAACCUCCAAUUUUACAAUCCAUACCUGACCCGCUAGAGCCAGUUCCUAUACAACGCAUGAAUGAGCUUUAUAUCUCGAACAAGGAGGCAUUGCUCGAAAGAAUGGAAGGGUGGAGGGGAAUUUAUGCUCAGUAA